AUGAAUUACCACACAAUGGUUAUGGAUGUCGCUGGUCCUGAAUUUCAUCCAAAUUCUCAAGAAGAACCUCCAAAUCCUGAUUCAAAGAGAUUUUACGACAUGCUAAAUGCUGUUGACAAAGAGUUAUGGCCCGGUUGCACAACACACUCGCAAUUAUCAUUUGUUGCCCGAGUGAUGCACAUGAAAGCCGAGCAUCACAUGUCUGAACGAAACUAUGAUGACAUGAUGCAACUUGUGAGUGAAGUUCUCCAUUAUGAUAAUACAGUACCCGAGAAUUUCUAUAAAACCAAGAAGUUGUUGCGGGGAAUGGGUUUACCGGUUGAAAAAAUUGAUUGUUGCAAUAAUGGUUGUAUGUUGUAUUGGGAGGAUGAUGCGGAUGCUACGAGCUGUAAAUUUUGUGGUCACGGUCGAUUCAAGAGGUCGGGUGGAGGGAAAAACGUGGCAUACAAAAAGAUGUAUUAUUUCCCGCUAGCAGACAGACUAAAAAGGUUGUAUGCCUCCAAUGCUACAGCCAAAGAAAUGAGGUGGCAUGCAGAACAUACAGUUGAAGAUGGUGUUAUGACACAUUGCUCUGACUCUUUAGCUUGGAAGCAUUUCAACAACACGCAUACAGAAUUUGCGAAAGAGAUUCGUAAUGUGAGGUUAAGUCUUAGCACAGAUGGUUUCCAACCGUUUGCACAAUAUGGAGCACAAUAUUCUUGUUGGCCAGUGAUAGUCACGCCUUUGAACUUCCCACCAUGGUUGUGCAUGAAAGACCAACACAUGUUUUUAACUGUGUUAGUUCCGGGGCCAAAAAACCCAAAAGAUAAGUUGGACGUCUACUUACAGCCCCUCAUCAAAGAGUUGAAUCAACUGUGGGAUGUAGGAGUUCAAACUUAUGAUAUCUCGAAGAAGCAAAACUUUCAGAUGAGAGCUGCUUUAAUGUGGACUAUUAGUGAUUUUCCAGCAUAUUCGAUGUUGUCUGGAUGGAGUACUGCUGGACGCUUAGCUUGUCCAUAUUGCAUGGAGGACUCCGAUGCAUUCACUCUUUCCAAAAGUG